AUGCGACCCGGUUUCUCACUCUCCUGGAAUGUGGAGUGGCUUGGAUCAUUUCCAGUACCGGGAACCGAUCCGGAAUCAGUAUCACAACGAUUAGAUCGAUUCAUUCCUCGAAAACCUGCUAUUGCUGUUCAAUUAUCAAUUUCCGUAUCUGGUGUAAAAGUUUGUGCUAUUGAUGGUGAGCGUGUAUUAUUUUGUCAAUCAAUUCGACGAGUGAAUUGUGUAAUUGGUCGAACGGAACGACAUGAAGUGGCAUAUAUUGCUCGUGAACCAUCCGGACAGGUGUAUAGAAGAUUAUGUCAUCUAUUUAAGACGAAAUUAUCACAUCAGGUGGAAGAAAUAAAAUCGGUGUUAGAGAAUGCCUUUCAAGCAGCAGCUUUGAUUAAACCAUCACCACCUAUCACAAAUCCUCCAAAAUUAACUUCACGUUUCUCAACACCGAUCGCCAUUCAUCCACAACAUCGUAACGCUGCUAUUCCAACAAAUACUCCAUCAUCAGUAUCCAAUCUUCCAUCUGGGAUUGAGCAAUGUAAAUUGCACAUAACUUCUUCGGUGCUUCUAAAUCGAAUUUUUGGUAAAUCUCGGGCUGAUAUAGAUUUGAACAACAAGGAAAAUACCACAACAGCAACUCCAUCUGCACCUAAUAAACAACGUCGGCGACCAGUUAGCGCUGUAUUCAGCCAAGCUUUACAUCGACUUUCAUCUGCUUCCAUUUACAACAAAAGGUUUUCAUCAACUGAUACACCACGAAAGUUUGAAAGGCCUAUAUCAAUUUGUCAACCAUCAUCUUCAACACCUCCUACGACAAAAUCACAUAAUCGUCAUUCUGUCAACUUACAACACAUUUCAACACCACAGGUUUACAUAUAUACACAAGAAGAAAUAGUUCGUCCAAUUCGUCACACUCAAACAACCCUAUCAUUAUGCUACGAUGAACGUUUGACAGAAUGGAUUUAUCCCAUUGAUGAAAUAUUGGAAAAACAAUUGGAGCAGGUUGCAUAUUUCUGCAAAACAGUACAUCGGAAUCGAAUUAUAGAUGCAUUAUUGGAGCAACCUGAAGGAGCAUUUGUUGUUCGUUUUUCUGAAUCUAAACGAAAAUGUCUAGCAUUAAGCGUUCGAGUACCAUUUAAGAAUAAUCCAACUGGCGUAUCACAUUAUCUGAUCAUCCGGAAUGAUAAUGGAUUUAAAUUAAAAGGUUCCAACAAGUAUUUUCCAUCAAUACCUAUGCUUGUAACGCAUCAUUCGGUGAUGCCCGAACAACUUCCAUGUCGUUUGAUAUUUGCCCACUGGGGUCAUAUGUGGAAAUGUAACGAAAUGAAUAAUAAUUACGAUUAUCCACCUAGUGAGCAGGUGGAAUGUUCAAACGAAAUGUUCAAGCAUAAGCGGUGA